CCCGCCCCUUUCUUUUCGGUCUCGGACGCCAUCUUGCAGGUACACGGUGGAGGCCCGCUGCUUCUCCGUUCUCUUUCACGGGCCGCUCACGGAGCCUUAAUCCGACAAGAUGACCAAUACAAAGGGGAAGAGGAGAGGGACUCGUUAUAUGUUCUCGAGACCCUUCCGCAAACAUGGUGUUGUCCCUCUGGCCACUUACAUGCGCAUUUACAAAAAGGGUGAUAUUGUGGACAUCAAGGGCAUGGGUACAAUUCAGAAAGGCAUGCCCCACAAAUGUUAUCACGGCAAAACAGGAAGAGUGUACAACAUUACCCAGCAUGCUGUCGGUAUCAUUGUGAACAAGAAGGUGAAGGGCAAGAUCCUUGCCAAGAGAAUUAAUGUCCGUAUUGAACAUAUUAAGCAUUCUAAGAGCAGGGACAGCUUCUUGCAGCGUGUGAAGGAAAACGAAAGGAAGAAAAAGGAAGCAAAGGAAAAAGGCACUUGGUUUGAACUGAAACGCCAGCCUGCUCAUCCAAGAGAAGCACACUUUGUGAGAACAAAUGGCAAAGAGCCCGAGCUGCUGGAACCAAUCCCGUACGAGUUCAUGGCAUAAUGUAUAUGAACAAAAUAAAAUCUUUUAGAGAACUGAAA